GCAGAGUGUUUCGCUGGAAAGUCUGCACAGUUUCCGUCAGUUCGAUUUUAUAGUUUUCAAGGGAAACAUCUAACCGCUCGGACAGGACUCGAAGAUGCCGAAGGAUGAUCCUGAGACCGCUGCUCUUAAGGAAGAACUUAAUUCGAUGAUAGCUAACUUUAAGGCCGAACAAGAGAAGCAAAAUGAUUGCAAGCUCGCAGAAAAGUGCGGAGACCUCCCGGAUGUCCCGAAAAUUCGGUUGGCUGGCAAGAAAAUCCUCAAAGGUCACAUAAACAAAGUGAACUCAGUACAUUUCGCGGGAGAUUCUAGGCACUGUGUAACAGGAUCCUUGGAUGGAAAGUUGAUCAUUUGGGAUACCUGGACCGCUAAUAAAGUUCAAAUUAUUCCUUUACGAUCGGCAUGGGUCAUGUCUGUAGCAUUCUCUCCGUCUGGAAAUUUUGUAGCCUGCGGUGGUAUGGACAACCAAUGUACAAUUUAUGACCUCAACAAUCGGGAUUCAACAGGAGUAGCGAAAAUGACCCGAGAAUUGCUAGGAUAUGAAGGAUUCUUGAGCUCCUGCCGAUUUUUAGAUGACAAUCAUAUAAUUACAGGAUCAGGAGAUAUGAAAAUCUGCCACUGGGACCUCGAAUCGGGGAAGAAAACAAUGGAAUUCGACGGACAUGCGGGAGAUGUGGUAUCAAUAUCCCUUUCACCCGAUAUGAAUCAAUAUGUGACAGGAUCUGUUGAUAAAACUUGUAAGUUAUGGGAUGUUCGAGAAGACCAUCAUAAGCAGAUGUUCUUCGGUCAUGAAGCGGACGUGAACAGUGUCUGUUUCCAUCCCAGCGGCUUUGCAUUCGCUACAGCGUCCGAGGACAAAACAGCUCGUUUAUACGACUUAAGGUCUGAUCAGCAGAUAGCUCAAUACAGCCCCCCAAAUACUACGUCUGGCUUCACCUCUUGUGCUUUAUCUUUCAGUGGGCGAUACAUUAUUUGUGGGUCGGUUGAUAAUAACAUUCAUUCAUGGGAUACUUUGAAGACAACUCACACUGGUAUGUUAGCAGGUCAUGAAAAUCGUAUAACAUCAAUUUGCUUAACUCCAAACGGGAUGGCCCUGGCAUCUUGCAGUUGGGAUCAAAACGUUCGGGUUUGGGUUUAACAGUAUCUAUUUCUUGCUAUCUGGAAGAAUAUUUCUUUCGUUUAUGAUUUUCAAUGGUAGCGGAAAUUUGUUUUAAUGUCUAAGUAAAGAAUAAUUGUUAAAUACAUAUAAAUUUCCAAUAAAACCUAUUAUGUGGAUAUUUCUCAGAAAGAA